AUGGGAGGAGGAGGAGGAAUAACAUAUAAGGGAGUCACUGUACAAACUCCCAAGACGUGGCACGCCGUCGCCGGAAAGGGCUUGUGCGGCGUCAUGUGGUUCUGGAUUCUGUACAGAGCAAAGCAAGACGGUCCUGUAGUCAUGGGAUGGAGGCACCCCUGGGAUGGCCAUGGUGAUCAUGGUCACGGUGACCAUCACUAG